AUGUCCAUAGCAGCAUCCAUGCUGCUUCUCCGGCACUCAUCAUGCCUGCUCUCCGUCCGAUCUGCAAGUAGUCGCCUUGCAGCGACUCGCACGCUAACAAGCCUCGCAUCCUCCGCUUUCGCCGAACUCGUCUCCCGGAGCUCAGCUAAGCACCAGAUCUACCAAUCGCUCUCCUCCGACCCAUUCGUCAAUCUCUCAAUUGAGCAAUAUCUCCUCCAAAAGGCCCCAGAAGACUCCAAUGUCUUGUUUCUAUAUGUCAAUCGGCCCUGUGUCGUGGUUGGGCGUAAUCAGAACCCGUGGCUUGAGACGAAUUUAAAGGCUCUGCAAAAGAUCUCCGAUACAACGGAGAGCUCAACGCGGAAUGUGCUUUAUGUGCGACGACAUUCUGGCGGAGGCGCAGUAUUUCACGACGAAGGAAAUCUGAAUUACAGCGUGAUCUGUCCCCGAGAUGUGUUCACUCGCGACCGGCAUGCGGAGAUGGUUGCGCGCGCACUCCAAAGAAUCGGCGCAGUCAACGCCAUGGUCAACGAACGACACGACAUAGUCCUGACCCAACAGCCCAGAGAAUCUGCAAGACAGAAACACGCAACCGGGAUCGAAGACCCGCCUGAAGAAUCGACUCCGCAAGCUCUGAAGGUCUCCGGCUCGGCGUUUAAAUUGACUCGAAACCGGGCAUUACAUCACGGGACAUGCCUACUCGACUCACCGAAUAUUAAUAAUUUGGGUGCAUUUUUGAGAUCGCCGGCUCGACCGUAUAUUCUUGCGAAAGGGGUCAGUAGCGUGCGAUCUCCAGUGGGAAAUGUAUCAGCAGGACUGGUUGACUCUGCGGAACCGUUUUCGAUGCAGCGCACAAUUGUCAGUAUAAUGGAUGAGUUCGCGCGGCUAUACAAAACCGGUGAUGAGGUCAGGGAUUGCGCGAAUCGGCUGAAUAUGAAUGAAAGUGAAUUCAGUGCUGGCGAUAAUUGGGUUGCGGGGACGGUGGGAGAGGUCCAGUUACAGCAGGUACCGGAGAUCCAGAAUACGUUGCAGAUGAUGAAGUCAACCGACUUCAAAUUCCUCCAAACUCCCGAAUUCACCUUCUCGACUUUUCCUACAGAAGACGAUCCCCGGCCUCGACCUCCACUGCCGAGUUCCCUCCCUCCUUCAACAAAAAUAUUCAUCCGCGCCAAAAAAGGCAUUAUCCUCGAAGCAACGAUAUCCACCUCAACCGACGCAUACACAAUGCAAAAACAAGAACGCCACAGCGCCGCUUCACUAACCAACAAACCCCUGCAUGAAAUGGACGAGCAGUCUUGGAGAACAAUCGCCGAUUCGGUUGUGGCUAUUGCUUCUGAUAGUCCGGAGCAACAGAGGCCGGCUGAUGAGGUGGUUGAUGAUUUGACGGCGUUUAUUUGUGAAAAGUUUGGUGUAUGA